GAGGGGAGCGUUGCCAUGGCGCCGUGGCGGCCCGGUGCGGCGGCGGUGUUGGCGGCGCUGGCGGGCCUGGCCGCGGCCUGGCUGCUGGGCCGCUGGGCCCCCGGGGAGCGCCCCGGGCGUGGAGGCGGGGCCCGCCUGCUGAGGCCGGCCGAGCUGGGCCGCGCCCGGGGCUCCGGGCCCGGGCCCGAGCCGGGCCUGCUCCUCGCCGUGCUGGGCCGCGUCUUCGACGUGCGCCCGGGACAGGCCCACUACGGGCCCGGCCGACCCUACAGCCACUUCGCAGGCCGUGACGCCUCGCGAGCGUUCGUCACCGGGGACUUCAGUGAAACGGGCCUGGUAGAUGAUGUGUCCGGCCUGUCGCCCGCCCAGAUGCUGACGCUGCACAACUGGCUCCUGUUCUACGAGAAGAACUAUGAGUUUGUCGGGAAGCUGGUCGGGAGGUUCUACGGGGAGGACGGCGAGCCCACGCCGGCCCUGGUGCUCGCCGAGGCCGCCAUCGCCGAAGGGCUCCGGGCCCAGGCCCUGGACGACGAGCUGAAGCGCCAGUUUCCCCCGUGCAACUCGGAGUGGAGCGCGGCCGGUGGCAGUCGGUUCUGGUGCUCCAAGCAGAGCGGGGGCGUGAGCAGAGACUGGGUUGGCGUCCCCCGGCAGCUGUACCAGCCCGGCCCCGCGGGGCCCCAGUGCGUCUGCGUGCGGCCCACGGGGCCCCCCUCCGGCCAGCCGGUGGCGGCGGAGAACCGGGACCGAGGAGACCUGGACCACCCGAGCCUGCAGGAGUUCGAGGGCUGCGCCCCCCAAGCCACCGCCUGCGUCCGGCGGGGCUGAGCUGGACGCCGGGGGACCCCACAUCACCCCUAACUGGACCGGGGACCCCGCAUCGCCCUUGGAGGGGGAUAGCCGGGGCCUGUGGACCCGCAGCCCCCUCGCGGGCCAGGCCCGUGGCAUUUCCUGGGCAUCGUUCUGAGCUGAGCACCCUGGAGGCCCCACCCUCCAUCCCCCGUGCAAGAAAUUCCCAUCUGGGAACAUUCCAGCCAUUGAAAUAAAGACAUUUCAUCGUCA